AUGGAGGCUGUAGCUGAGCCCACCCCGGAGUCCGAGUCGGACAACCGGUCGGAGCCCCCACCUGAGCCCCUGUCGCCACCAGAAAUCAUAAGGAUUACAGACCUUCUUAAUGAGGUGUACUCAAAGCCUAAGCAGCGUCGGAUGCAUUAUACAAUGAAGAAGAAACGGCACGUUCUGAUAGCAACACAGGGCUUAAGUCAGCGCGAGGCUGCCAUGUCUAAAAAAUUUCCGCGAUGGACUUUAAUGUCAUGGAGGAAGAACGAAGACGAGCUUUUUGCGUUUCGAGGCAGCGAGAAGACCCUGUGGUGGGCACCUGGUCGUCGCGAGAUAAUACCGUUUAGCGCUAUGCUCGUCACUUUUAUGAAGGAAGCACGUCGCGAGUCCCUGCCUUUUACUUCAUUUAUAAUAGCCACAUUCAUUCGGGAGGAGCACUCGGAGUGGUUGGAGGACUUAUCGAAGGACAACAAGGACACAUACACUGCGUAUCAAUCCCUACAAAGGCUGCUACAACGCUUUGCGUAUCGGCAUGGCUUCGUGCGGCGCACACCGGACGGUUUGAAGGAAAAACUGGAGGACUUGGUAGAAGUACAAGACUAUUUUGCUAAGCUUUUCAAGUCUAAGUACAAUAGCUAUGCUGCAAGCGAAGUUUUUAACUGUAACGAAACUGGGAUUUACUUUGAUGCGCCGCCGGGCCAGAUACUAUCCGAAAGAGGUCAGUCGUCAGCUAUAACGGCUCAGCAAAAACAUUCUGCUCGCUUGACGGCUGUAUGCACUAUCCGCGCGGAUGGAGUUAAGCUUUCACUUCUCUUCAUUGGGCGUGGAGAGCAAAACGGCAUCAUCGAGAGAGAAGAGCUGCCUACAUACCCCGACGACCAACAGUCUGCGAAAUGUAUCCAUUGUUACGUCUCCAUCGAAGAAGAGGACACCAUGCCCUCAACUUUCGACUCUAAGUCGAUCGAACCAUCGCCCAAUCCCCCGGUUGGGUCGUGGCGUGGCCGUGACGAUGUUCGGGACGCUCCCGAAUCGACGCGUCCGUGUAAUAAGGAAGAGGCGCAGUCACAUGUGCCGGUGCCGACUUCUUCUCCGCGUACUACACCUGUAGUACGCGCUCUCUGGAUGCCAGCUGCAUCCGAAAUCGCUGACAGGGCUGUACGCGUGCAGCACCAUCGAUGA